AUGGCCGCGGGCGCUCCGAGCGCCGCCAGCGCCGCCAGCAGGGGGGGCAGGGGGCGCGGGGGGCGGGGCCAGGCGGGGCGGGGCCGCGAGGGACACGCCCCCUGCAGGCAUGGCCACGCCCCUUUCAGGCAUGGCCACGCCCCCUUCAGGCAGGGACACGCCCCUUUUAUGGCGGACCACGCCCCCUUCAGGCACGACCACGCCCCUUUCAGGCCUGGCCACGCCCCUUUCAGGGAAAAGCGUUUGGGGAGGGUUGUGAAAUUUGGGAAUUUUUGGGAAUUUGGGAAUUUUUGGCCCUUAGGGGAGUACGGGCUGCGGAACAAGCGCGAGGUGUGGCGGGUGAAGUUCACCCUGGCCAAGAUCCGCAAGGCGGCGCGGGAGCUGCUGACGCUGGACGAGAAGGACCCGCGGCGCCUCUUCGAGGGCAACGCGCUGCUGCGGCGCCUGGUGCGCAUCGGCGUGCUGGACGAGGGCAAGAUGAAGCUGGAUUACAUUUUGGGGCUGAAAAUCGAGGAUUUCCUGGAGCGCCGCCUCCAGACCCAGGUCUUCAAGCUGGGCCUGGCCAAAUCCAUCCACCACGCCCGGGUGCUCAUCCGCCAGCGCCACAUCCGGGUGCGGAAGCAGGUGGUGAACAUCCCGUCGUUCAUCGUGCGCCUGGACUCGCAGAAGCACAUCGACUUCUCGCUGCGCUCGUGA